AUGGCUCCCUGGAAAAAUAUUGAGGUUGAUCCGAUGUCGAAAGUUCACCGUGGGACUCUUUCUUCUGAUAGUCAUAAUAGUGGCUGUGGGUCUUUGUGUCUUGGUGGGAAGAAGACUUCUAUUCAUCAUAUCAACCCCGAGAUUGAGAGUCCUUAUACUCAACCGCUCCUCUGGUCGAGAGUGAGGGAGAACAGUCGUGAUGCGUUCUCGGAAUUCUUUGGGACAUUGAUUCUUAUCUUGUUCGGUGAUGGGGUUGUUGCGCAGGUUCUGCUCAGUCAUGGCCAGAAGGGUAACUAUCAAUCUGUCUCUUGGGGGUGGGGUCUCGGCGUCAUGCUAGGCAUAUACGCCAGCGGCGCAUCAGGAAGCCACAUAAAUCCAGCAGUAUCAAUCGCAAACUGCAUCUUUCGCGGCUUCCCCUGGCGCAAACUCCCGAUCUACAUUCUAGCCCAGAUCCUCGGCGCAAUGAGCGGUGCAGCAAUUGUAUACGGAAACUACAAAUCAGCCAUCGAUACCUACGAAGGCGGAGCCCAUAUCCGUACGGUGCCAGGCUACUCAACUACAGCAACAGCCGGCAUCUUCUGCACAUACCCAGCGGACUUCAUGACGAAGACAGGUCAAUUCUUCUCCGAGUUCCUCGCCAGUGCGAUAUUGAUGUUUAUGAUAUUCGCGCUGAAGGAUGAGGGUAAUCUCGGUGCAGGGACAUCCAUUCCUCUCGCUUUAUUCUUUGUUGUUUUUGGGAUCGGCGCUUGUUUCGGUUGGGAGACUGGGUAUGCGAUCAAUCUUGCUAGGGACUUUGGUCCUAGAUUGGUCUCGUAUAUGCUUGGGUAUGGACAUGAAGUGUGGUCAGCGGGUGGGUAUUACUUCUGGGUCCCAAUGGUCGCACCAAUUCUCGACUGCGCCUUCGGAGGAUGGAUCUACGACCUCUUCCUGUACACGGGGACAGACAGUCCGAUCAAUACACCCUGGAUGGGACUCAAGCGGUUGUUCAUAUUUGGCCCUCUGAAGCAAAGGCGAGUCGUGCUGCAGAGUCCAGUCUAA